CAUGGUAAAACUUUAAAAGAUAAUUUAUAGAUAUUUACACAAUUAGUUCCAUUGGAAAUCUAGAUGCAGAUGAAAAAUGAAUCAGCCUCUUUCGGAAUCUUGUAAUUCACUAAAUCUUCAUGCAGGUUUCAACAUGAAUAUAUUUAUCCUUGUCCUGUGUGUUUGUUAUGCGGCAGUUGCCAAUGGAAGCUCUAAAUACAAAGGACCAACAUACAUUGAUCUUGGUGUUACCAGAUUUUUACCGGCGAAGUACAGUAAAUCCUGGAAUGAACAGGACAAACCUAUACCAUACUUUACUGGUCUUCCACAACACUUACGUGGACAAGCAUUUGCACUCGCAGUAGAUAGCCCUCUUGUAAGGAUUGGAUCUGGCGGUGGAAUCGGUGGUGGACUCGGAGGUGGACGUGGAGUUGGACAUGGAGGUGGUAAUGGCGGUGGAAUUGGAGGUGGACAAAGAGGUGGACACGGAGGUGGACACAGAAGUGGACGCGGAGGUGGACACGGAAGUGGACGCAGAGGUGGACACGGAGGUGGACGUAGAGGUGGAAUUGUAAUUGGAUACGGCGGAGGUCUCGGAGGUGGACAAGGAGGUGGACGUGGAGCUGGAAUCGGAGGUGGACGCGGUGGUGGAAAAGGAAGAGGUGGACAGGGUCUAAGCUAUGGAGGACAGUACGGCGGACAAGUAACAAGCUAUGGUGGACAGGGUUCAGGAUAUGGUGUCGCCUAUGGUGGACAAGCUCCAAGCUACGGUGUUCAAUAUGGCGGACAAGCAGCAAACUAUGGUGGACAGGGUUCAGGAUAUGGUGUCACCUAUGGUGGACAAUCUUCAAGCUAUGGCAGUCAAUAUGGUGGACAAGCAGCAAACUAUGGUGGACAGGGUUCAGCAUAUGAAGUCACUUACGGUGGACCAGUUUCCAGCUAUGGCGGUCAAUAUGGUGGACAAGCAGCAAACUAUGGUGGACAGGGUUCAGGAUAUGGUGUCACUUAUGGUGGACAAGCUUCAAGCUACGGCGGUCAAUAUGGUGGUCAAGAUACAAGCUACGGCCAAAAUCAGCGAUCAGGUUCCAAAUAUUAAAGCAAGAAAUCAAUUAAUAUCAACGACAUAAAUGAUGAAGAAAAUUGUACUUAUAUGUAUUAUAGCAUAUAUUAAUUCAUUAUAUAUACCAUUUUAGACGCUCGAAG